AUGUGGAACUGCAUCAACUUCCACAGCGUACCUCCAACAUAUCAGUCAAAGCACAUGAAACCCUCACCCACCGAUCUGAUGAACCACCACACUCAUCUCAGACUGCCACCACCUCAUCAGCCAAUCAACGUUCUCCAUCCAUCUUUGCUCAAUUUGUCACCGUUUUUCUUCCCUCCACCUAAUCCUAGCUCGCACGCCAACAAUCAUCAUUCCCAUCCUAAUGAUCCUGUCUCCUUGGCAACCAGGGCAAUGGCCGAAAUGACGAAAAGAAUGGAAGAUGCUUCGCGAUUGGUCAAUGCAGUGACCAAUAAGAAAAUAGCUGAACAACUCAACACUCCUAUUGGAAUGCCUUUCAAAGCCCUUAAAAGAGAAAAUCCGUUUACUUCCGAUUCAAAUUCUACUCAUGGUAAAUCAGAAGACACCAGUCCCUUACCAUCCAAACAAGUUUCAUUGGGUACUGGAUCACAGAAACAAACACAAACUGACCAAUCACAGCGAAGUUCACCGAUUUGUAUGGCCGGUGUUAAUAUCAAACUGACUAAUAAACAUGAGGACGGCAAGAAACAUGAUUCCAUGGAGGUGAGCAUUGAGUUGAAUGGCACGCAGUACAAAGGUUUCUUGUAUCCGCAAUAUCAACAACAACACCAACAAAACAAUCAUCAACAGCAACACAAUCAACAACAACAUCAUCAGCAACAGUCUAACUUUAGACAAUCCGACCUCAACGAUCAACAACACAAGCAACAUCAACCUGAUCACGCACAGCAACAAAACAUCAUGAAACUAAUGAACAACAACAUUUUCUUUCCCAACACUCCUCAACAUUACCUGCAACAACAACAACAACUUUCACUGCCAGGAAUGCAACGCUACCCUCCUGCUGUUCAACAUAAACAAUCAUCCCCCUCACCAACACUACAAACAAACGACGAUGAUGACAACGAGAUAAACUCACACAACAUGAAAGAUACAAACAACAACAACAAUAACACCGCAGAAAACAACAACAUCCUUGAUGAUAAUUUUUUCACUGACGAUUACAUUAAUAAAAAUAACAGCAACAACAACAACAACAACAAAAAUGUUAUGAACGAUAUCUCAAACAAAGAAUAG